CACAGUGUGCUCCUCAUCCGCCGGCCAAUGCUUGCCCAAUGCGGCACCACAGCCCUUCUCUCCAGCACAGGCGACAUCAUCGCCCAACAAGCCAUCGAAAAGCGGGGCCUCAGGCGACACGACCUCCUCCGCACCGUCCGACUCACAUUCUACGGAGGCGCCCUCUUCGGCCCUGUCAUGACCUGGUGGUACCAGUUCCUUAACCGUAUCCAGUUCGUCUCGCCCACCCGCGCCAUCAUCUACUGCGUAUGGCUCGACCAGGCCGUCCUCACCCCCUUGCCGUCGGUGCCUUCUUCACGUGCAUGGCGUCCCUGUAUCCAGGCUGCAUACGUCCUGACCAUCCUCCGCAAUUGGAACGUCUUCAUGCCCACCCAGAUCAUCAACUUUGCGCUUGUCCCACAUCAUAUGCGUUUCGUCGUUGUCAGUGUCAUCAGU